UGAUCUCUUUGCAAUCUCUCUCCAUACUUGUGCGAUUGGCUCCUUCCCUGUAGCGAAGUGUUUGUUAGGUGUUUCUUCUUCCCCUCGAUUCCGCCGCGUGCAUGCAUUGUUUCUUGGGCGAUGCAUGCUGUUAGAGGGGAUUGCUGCCGUGUUGGUGGUGGAUGGCGGUAGCACCCCGAUUCAGGGUGCUGGUUCAAUGGAAUUGCCCGUACUGGAGCGGUGGAAAGUGGAUGGAGGAGGAAAAAAUCACUCCUUUGGGCGUUUUAGAGCUAUCCGGUAGUCCUGGAUUUUGGGGCUUGUGUGCUCUUGAAUUAUGAGGCACGCAUUUCGGAUGAAAGCGUUGGAUUUUAGUCUGCUUGUUCUUUAGGGCGUGUGAUGGAAUUAGAGGCAUGCUCUUGGGGGCUUGUGUGCGCAUGGAGUGGGCAAUACAUGCUUUCUGUUCCCCCGAAUCGCCAGCUGGUUGGCAAUCGCCCGGUUCAUGUUACCAUUUUGGAAGAAUGAGAAGGUGCUGCAUUUUACGAUCCAAGCACCUUUUGGAAGCUCCUUAAGACGAACCAAGUUGGACUUGCAAAGGUGGAUAGCUGGUCCAAUAGGGCUGGCUUUAGAGGAUCAACCACGGCUCCAAGGAUAGGAUCCCGGACUACACCAAGAAGGGGAAGACAAUGUGCCCAGUGUUUUCCUAAGUUUCUGCUUGCAUCCCCUUCUUUUCACGGUGGUCGUGGUGCCCUCCCCUCUGCUGGAGGGCAUCCUUCUGAUUUGACAUAUCUUGCUGGUGGUGGUUCUGCUGAAGCCUGAAUUAGGAUUGUAGAUAACUAGAUAUUCAGCUAGUGUUACAUUUAUACAUAUAUAAAGCAUCAUAAGUAUGGUGUCAGCCUCCAAGGUAGAAGGUGAAUAUUCGCUUCUGCGCAAGAACUCUCCUCUGGAUCAACCUGAAGGUGUGAAGACACAUCUAUAUUGUUUCAGUGUAGAACAUGGAAAUGAUAACCUUAAAAGCUUUGUAUGCUCUGAACAGUGUGGUCCAAGUUUGCUUGAUACAAUCCUUCUUUCUCAGUGGGAUAAUUUUGCUUGGAAGGGCCACUUGGACUAUGAUGUUACAGCUUGCCAACUUAAGGUCAUCGAAGGUGGAAGAAAUUUUGUUGGUCAGCUGAACAGUAAAUGGAAUUCGUUUUCGCCCAAGGAAUACGACAAGUUCUUUGAGUCUUUCAGAUGCUUGAAGCCAAAUAGUAUGAAGAGUUACGAGGGAUUGCUUUUGUGCAUUGCACAAGGAGAGAAGGAUAGACCUGAGGUUGCUCCUUCGGCAUCACCACCUAAGGAUGGACUACUCCUGAUUGCAAAUGAAUAUCCUGUUGAAUAUGGUCAUAUCUUCUUGGUCCCAACUGCAGUCAAUCAACUUUCUUGCUAUUGGGACAAAAGGAUGUUUGGACUGGCUACAAAAAUUGCCUCUGAAGUAAACAAUGCUGCCUUCAGGGUUUUCUUUGAUAGUGGAACAUCUGUAAUGUCAGAUCGCAUGUUUUUUCAGGCCUGUUACUUUGCAAACCCUUUACCAGUGGAGUCUGCCUCCACUGUUGCAGUACAUGAUGGAAAAGCCAGAUCGGACAUUAUUGUGUCUGAAACGGUUGACUACCCCCUAAAAGCUCUUGUGUUCACCAGCAACAACCUAAAAGCACUUGUCAAUGUUGUCAGUGAGAUAUGUUUUUCUCUGCAUGACAACACUGCUGCAUACAGCCUGCUGAUUUCCAACAAUGGCACAAAGGUUUUCUUGUUUCCACAGGUUAAAAAUCUGGUUGCUGGCUGCUCUCUGCCUGCCUGGGAGUGUGGUGGCUACUUCGUAUACCACACCAGGUCUGAAUUUGACAAUGCUUCUGAGACUGAAAUUUCGAACAGAAUGGCCUCAGCAUCACUCCAAGAUGGUGCUUUUGAAGAUCUGAAGCAUCUCUGUUGUGCUAUCGCUGAUGAUCUUAUUAAGUGAGCUCAUGCAAAAUGUAACUACAGUGAUAAACAAUGUGUCUGAACCACCUGUGUUUAGCAGUUUGUCUAUAUGAUCAUUGUGGAACUAUGUCUGAACAUCAGGAUUGAUCAAUAAAGUUUGCUGUUUUCCCUAAAAAA